UUAUUUUUUGUGUUGAUUCAAGCAACUUCAUGCAUAUGUUGAAUUAGAACUCAAAAAUGAGAUCCUUGUUGGUUGUUUAAUUUGCCCUGACUUGCAAAAUAGGCUUAAACUCUGAUCUAACUCGAGCUCUACUUCCGAUUUCUUCUCUUUGACAAGUGAAAAAACGCCUGAAUAUUGCAGAAGAUCUAGUCUGAGAAUUUCUCAAGCAUCAAAUGGGAGGUGACAUCUAUGCAAAUCUGUUAGAAGCCGAUGUAGGCCAGACAGAGCCUUCGUCGUCUGUGACAAAUAAGAUAUGGAGUGAGACCAAGAAAAUGUGGAUUGUUGCUGGUCCAGCUAUCUUAGUACCCUUUUCAACAUUUGGAAUAAUUGUAAUCAGCCAAGCUUUUAUUGGCCAAAUAGAUUCCACAGAGCUUGCUGCUUAUUCCCUCGUCUACACCGUCAUCUUCAGAUUUGUCCUUGGCCUGCAGUUUGGCAUGGUUACCGGGGUGGGGACGCUGUGUGGGCAAGCGUUUGGCGCCAAACUUUAUCACAAGCUAGGCGUAUAUCUCCAGCAGUCGUGCAUUAUAUCGCUCGUUGUCACAGCCCUGAUGACACCGCUGUUCGUAUUUGCUGCUCCAAUUCUGAAGACAAUAGGCCAGGAUCAUAACAUUGCAGAUAUGGCAGGAAAGUAUGCUCCUUGGUUCGUGGCUGUUGGGUUUCUAUAUGCUGUGAUGUACAGUUGCAACGCGUUCCUUCAGUCGCAGAGCAAGAACUUUGUUGUCUCGUUCUAUGCAGUGCUCUCGCUGGUAGUGCACGUCUUCCUCUCUUGGCUUCUGUCUAUGAAGUUGAGGUAUGGUGUUAUUGGUGUUAUGGUGUCUACUGUUAUGGCGUUUCUUAUUCCGAAUGUAGGCCAGAUUGUGUACAUCAUGCGCGGGGGUUGCCAAGAAACGUGGAGUGGCUUCACAGCCUCAGCGUUCAAGGAUCUUGGACGGACAACCAGGCUUGCUAUUUCAUCCGGUGUGAUGAUCUGCCUUAAAUUCUGUUACAGCACGAUACUAAUUCUUCUGGCCGGAAACAUGGGAAAUGCAGAGGUCACAAUUAAUGCUCUUUCUAUCUGGGUACUAAUUCUAGCCCCAGACGAGCAAUUGUUUCUUUUGAUUUCCCAAACUUGCCAUAUAUAUCAUGCUUUUCAAGUGUGCGUGUCUCGAACGAGCUGGGAAGGAGGGAUGCUAAGGCGGCAAAGUUGUCGAUUAUGGUGGCAGUUGGGACAUCAUUCUCCAUUGGAUUGGUGUUGUGUGUAGUUUUCUUGGUGUUUAGGGAGAAUGCAGCUUACUUGUUCACCAACAAUGAGGAAGUGGCCAAGGCCGUUGCUCGUCUGUCUCCACUUCUGGUGCUUUUACUGCUCUUGAACAGCGUUCAGCCGGUUCUAUCAGGCGAGCCAUCUCUGCUAAGCAUAUACAGAUAUGAUAAAACCAGUGGCUUUUAUAACAGAAGAGAAGAUGAUUUUUUGUGUAGGUUUUGCUAAUGGAACAGGGCA